AUGCAGAUACCCCACAACUCUAUUCACACACGAGCGAGAAAACGAGCAUGCUUAGAGUCGAAGACAUUGGCCUCAAAAUUUGAGAAGGUCAAGCAUUCUCGCUCCCUUUUCACCGAGGCCAUCCCUCCUGCUCUGCUCCCGCCGGCAAUUUUCACUGGCCUUCUAUUAGGCCUCUGGACAUGGAAGUGUUUCUGGAUCAUCGUUAUGCAGAACAAGCUCUUGUAUCUCUCUUGGCUUCCCCCGUUCUCUCGAUCUGACAAGAUCGAGGAUUAUUUGGCAGAAUGCAAACCUGUGCAGUGGGAAGAAAAGCGCAUUCAAAGUCUUGAUGGAACGAAUUUAGCAGUUUGUGAAGGGCGAAUUUCCGCCCAAAAGGACCUCAGUACCAUUGAGCCAAAAAGGAAGAAGUCAGUUGUAAUCUGUUAUUUUCAAGGAAAUGGUGGAUCGACACCUCUUCGAUUGCCUGUUCUUUCUCAGGUCCUGAGAACGCUUGCACAUAAGUCGAAAUUUGCAGACUCAGAGCCCGACUAUACUAUAGUUGCCCUCUCUUAUCGUGGGUACUGGACAUCGUCCGGUCGUGCUACUCAAUCAGGAAUUGAACGCGACGCUCAAGCUUUCUUGAACUGGGUUUCGGCCUCUUACACAUCGCCAAAUACCGACCUUCAGAUCGUGCUAUGGGGGCAUAGCCUUGGAUCUGCUGUGGCUAGCUCGGUUCUGUCCAAAUAUCUUACGGCUCAAGGUACCACGCAAGCAGCGCAAAAUCAAGUGUUGCCUCCCAUUUCUGGGCUCAUAAUGGAGGCUCCGAUCUCCAGUAUUAAGGACAUGUUGAUCAGCUUGUAUCCUCAAAAAUGGCUUCCUUAUCGCUAUCUCUGGCCAUUUUCCUGGAACACAUGGUGCACUGCCACGGCCCUUGAAAACCUCGCCGCGUGGAAAGCCCAGAACGCGAAAGAAAUCCAAACCAAUGAAUCAACCCACCUCACUCGGUCCCAAUCGCCGACUGUUCCUCCAAUAUUUAUUAUCUCGGCAGAGAAUGAUGAAGUCAUUCCACCGUACGUGGCAGGAAAAUUAGAAAAGCGAGGACAGGAUCUUGGACUAGAUAUUACACGAAAGGAAAUUCCCGGAGCGAUGCAUACCGAAUGUCCGAUAAAGCAUGACGGGAGAGAGGCACUCGUGGCAUUUAUUCGGGAAAAUACCUCGUAA